AUGCCCGAGGCAGUUUCCACGACGAACUUUGACACAGACAGCUUCCCGCAGCUCAAGAACGACCUGUAUUUGCGGGCAGCGCGCGGCGAGGCGACGGAGCGGGCGCCGGUGUGGUGCAUGCGGCAGGCAGGGCGGUAUCUGCCAGAGUUCCGCGCGAUCCGCGUCGAGAACGAGUUCUUCAAUGUGUGCCGCACGCCGGUGCAGCCGCUGCGGCGGUACGCCGGGCUUUUGGACGCGGCGAUUAUCUUCUCUGACAUCCUGGUGAUUCCGCAGGCCAUGGGCAUGGAGGUGCAGAUGGUGCCGGGCAAGGGCCCGCAUUUCCCGUCCCCCCUGCGCUCGCCGGCGGACAUGGCGGAUUUCUCGGUGGACCGCUCCCUGGACUACGUGUAUAAGGCGAUCACGAACACGCGCCAUGCGCUGCAGGGGCAGUGUCCGCUGCUGGGCUUUGUGGGGGCGCCGUGGACGCUAAUGGCGUAUAUGGUGGAGGGCGGCGGCUCGAAGACGUUUGCGCUGGCCAAGUCGUUUCUUCUGCAGCACCGCGAGUCGGCGCACGAGCUUCUGGGGCGGCUGGCGGACGUGGCGGCUCGGUUCCUGGUGGGCCAGGUGCGCGCGGGCGCGCAGGCAUUGCAGGUCUUUGAGUCGUGGGCAGGCGAGCUGGGCCCGCAGGACUUUGACGAGUUCUCGCUGCCGUACCUGGAGGCGGAUUGCCUGCGCAUGGCGCGCACUUAUGCGAUCGAGGCGCUGGCGGCGGAGACGCUGUUUGAUGUCAUCUCGCUGGACUGGACGCGCAGCGGCGGCGGCCGGAGCGUGGUUUUGCAGGGCAACCUGGAUCCGACGGUGCUGUUUGCUGAGCCCGAGAGAUGUGCCGCAAGUUUGGCCCCGCCGGCCACUAUUGCGAACCUGGGCCACGGCAUGAUGCCCACGCAUGACCCGAACCAUCUCCAGGUCUUCCUGGAAGCCGUCCACGAGUCAAGCCAGGCACUCAGAAACUGA